GCCCAGUCCCGCCGGGUGCUGGCGGCUCGGGGCGAAGCCGAGCCGGGCACAGAAGUGAACCCGGGAGGAGGAGGAGGAGGAAGAGAAGAAGGAGGAGAAGAAGGAGGAGGCGGCGGGGCUGGGGCUCGCAGGAUGGCGGCGGGGUGGCGGGUGCUGGCGGCGCUGCUGGCGGCGGCCCUGGCUCGCUGCUACAACGUGGACCUGGGGCUCCCGGUGGUCUUCCAGGGCCCCAACGGCUCCUUCUUCGGCUACUCGGUGCUGCAGCACUACCACGACAGCACCCGGUGGGUCUUGGUUGGAGCUCCCAAGGCAGACUCUAAAUACAGCACCUCUGUUCAGUCCCCAGGAGCGGUGUUUAAAUGUCGAGUCCACACCAAUCCUGACAGAAGAUGCACGGAGCUGGAUAUGGGUCGAGGCAAUUCUCGGGGCAUGCUCUGUGGAAAGACCUGUAAAGAAGACAGAGAUGACGAAUGGAUGGGCGUGAGCCUGGCUAGACAGCCUAAGGCUGGUGGAAGUGUGCUGGCCUGCGCACACCGCUGGAAGAACAUCUACUAUGAGACAGAGUACAUCCUGCCCCAUGGCUUCUGCAACAUCAUUCCCCCCAACCUGCAGCCCACCGGGCGGAAGCUCUUGCCCUGCUACGAAGAAUACAAGAAGAAGUACGGGGAGGAGCACGGCUCAUGCCAGGCGGGGAUCGCGGGCUUCUUCACCGAGGAGCUGGUCAUCAUGGGGGCACCAGGAUCUUAUUACUGGACAGGAACAGUCAAAGUACUGAAUCUCACCGACAACAUGUAUUACAAGCUGAAUGAUGAUGCUGUAAUAGCCAGGCGUUACACCUACCUUGGAUACGCGGUGACAGCAGGUCAUUUCUCUCAGCCGACUACCACGGACGUCGUGGGAGGAGCUCCCCAGGAUGGAGGCAUUGGAAAGGUUUAUAUUUUCAGAACAGACAGACGAUCAGGGUCUUUGGUAAAGAUUUUUCAGGCUUCAGGAAAAAAGAUGGGCUCUUACUUUGGCUCCUCCUUAUGUGCAGUUGAUCUGAACUCUGACGGGCUAUCAGACCUGCUGGUCGGAGCACCUAUGUUUUCUGAGAUCAGAGAUGAGGGUCAAGUCACAGUCUAUAUCAACAGAGGAAAUGGAGUGCUGGAUGAGCAGCUUGUCCUGGAUGGUGAUGGUGCCUACAAUGCGCACUUUGGGGAGAGCAUGGCUGCCCUCGGCGAUAUCGACGAUGAUGGGUUCCCAGAUGUUGCCAUUGGGGCGCCUAAGGAGGAUAACUACAUAGGAGCAGUUUAUAUUUAUCAUGGAGAUGCCAAUGGUAUUGUACCCAAGUACUCUAUGAAGCUGUCUGGGCAAGCGAUAAACCCGAUGCUGCGGAUGUUCGGCCAGUCCAUAUCGGGGGGAGUCGAUAUGGAUGGCAAUGGCUACCCAGAUAUGACUGUUGGAGCCUUCUUGUCAGACAGUGUGGUACUCCUAAGGUGAGAUCAAUAUCCAACCUUCAUCACCAUGACAUCUCCAUUUUUCUGGCCAGCAUCCAUCAAUAUCACAGCCCCUCAGUGCCAUGACGGCUUGCAGCCUGUGAACUGCCUCAAUGUCACAGCAUGCUUUCGCUUCAGUGGCAAGCAUGUUCCUGGAGAAAUAGGUUUGAAUUAUAACUUGACUGCUGAUGUGGCAAAGAAGGAAAAGAGCCAGCAACCCAGAGUUUACUUUGUGACUUCUGGAGAGACAGUGGGACAGGUCACAGAGAAGUUACAACUGUCGUACAUGCAGGAAAAGUGCGAGCAUUACCUAGCAUAUGUCAAGAAAAGAGUCAAAGAUGUCAUAUCUCCAAUUGUAUUUGAAGCUGCCUACAGUCUUGGGGAACAUGUGGGAAGAGGUAAAGAGGACAAGGAACUACCUCCUCUCAAGCCCAUUCUCCGCUGGAAGAAAGGACAAAAGAUAGCACAAAGGAAUCAGACUGUUUUUGAGAGGAACUGUCAGUCUGAUGACUGUGCUGCUGAUUUGAAACUUCAGGGUAAAUUACUGCUAUCUAGUGUUGAUGACAGGACUGCCUACCUGGCCCUGGGAGCAGUGAGGAACAUCUCACUUAACAUUUCCAUCUCUAACAUUGGGGAUGAUGCCUAUGACACCAACGUUUUCUUCAACUUUUCUGGGGAGCUCUUCUUCAUCAAAAUGUGGCAAAAGGAGGAGCUGGGCAUUGCCUGUGAGUUGCUGGAAUCAGACUUCCUCAAGUGCAGUGUGGGAUUUCCUUUCAUGAGAUCGAAAUCUAGGUAUGAGUUCAGUGUGAUCUUUGACACAAGUCACCUGUCUGGGCAAGAAGAAACACUUACCUUCCUUGUCACUGCCCAAAGUGGAAACCUAGAACGCACAGAGUCUCUGCAUGAUAAUACUCUAACCCUGUCAGUGCCCCUGAUGCAUGAAGUGGACUCAUCUAUCAAUGGAGAAGUCUUUCCUACUUCCUUUUUCUAUGGUGAUUCUGUGGAAGCAUCCAACUUUGUUCAACUGGAAAACCACGAAUGCCUUUUCCAGUCUCUCAACUUCACACUGCAGGUUUACAAUGCUGGACCAAGCACUCUCCCUGGUGCUUUUCUUGACAUUUCAUUUCCAAACCGCCUUUCUGCUACUGGAGCUGAAAUAUUUCAUGUUCAGCAGAUGAUGGUUGGUCAGGACAAAGGAAACUGCUCUUUUCACAGAAACCGCAGUCCUUGUGUUGUUCCUCAAGAGAAUGAAAAUAUUUUCCACACAAUAUUUGCUUUUUUCACAAAGUCUGGCAGAAAAGUAUUGGACUGUGAAAGACCAGGCAGGUCCUGCUUGAUUAUACGCUGCAACUUAAGUUCACUGGCAAAAGCAGAGUCUUGUGAUAUAAGUAUUUACACGCUGCUGAACACUGAAAUACUGAAGAAGGACAGUUCAUCAGUCAUCCAGUUUGUCACAAGGGCGAGGGUGCAGGUGGACCCUGACCUCAGGGUUGUAGAGGUGCCCAAUGGGAGUCCAGAAGAAAAGCCAGUGGUCUUUGAGGCUCUACACAAUCUGGAGCCUCGUGGGUAUGUUGUCGGAUGGAUCAUUGCCAUCAGUUUGCUGGUGGGAAUUCUCAUCUUCCUGUUGCUGGCUGUGCUGUUAUGGAAGAUGGGCUUCUUCCGCCGGAGGUACAAAGAAAUUAUUGAGGCCGAAAAGAACAGAAAGGAAAAUGAAGAUAGUUGGGACUGGGUCCAGAAAAAUCAGUGAACUGCCCACAAAAAUGAAAAGCCCGGUCAUGUGACAUGCCCUUGCUAGCCUAUAGGUCCUGCUCUCGUAUCUUCCAUAUGUGGAAGAAGGAAUCUUCUCCAGAUUUUUCGGAGGCCCCAUUGAUGCUGUGUCCUUAUCACUCUAACAAGCUAGGGAACAUAUCCUGAGGCAACCACUGCGGCAAUGUCGGGUGACUGGAGCAAUUUACACUUCAUAUAAGAGCUGAACUUUGAACUUUGGUAACCAAGCUGCAGUGCAGAGCAAUAUUUAUGAAUCCAACUCUGUGGUAUACCCUCAGGGGAAGACUGUUACCUAAAAAUAUUUUUUAUAAAUAUAAGCUUUUUAUAUUGAUUAUGUCUUUAUAUUUGUAUCAAUGUUUUAUAGUUUCUAUUGAAUAGCUAUAUAGUUCACUCAAGCACUGAUAUCUGGCUAAAUCCUUGGAAAUACAUAUAUGUAUAUAUAAAUCCUAUUGUACUUUUAAACUUCAAUGCAAGAGACAAGAAAGAUUUUCAGAUGAAAGUAGCUGGAAAUGUCAUAUGCUUAAUUCACAAGGCUUGGUAAUAUUGUAUAUAGACCAUUUAAUGGCAAUAAGCCAAAGUCUUUUCUCUGUCUCUGUUUUGAGUUGAAUUAGGUGUUUGAUUUAUAAACUAAACAACCUGAAGCGUUAUACAUAUACGGUGUUCUGUAUUUGAGUCUAUGCUUCACUGACCUAAAUGGGAGAGGAUGAAAAUGUUUCCUUGGUGACAUGUACUAAGACUUGUAGCUCACCUUGUAUCACUAAAGAAAGCAUAAAAUAAUGUUUUCCUUUUGGAAGUUUUCUCUUGCAGUCUCUAGUAUUGUGGUCUAGGACUGGACAGUUGAGAUACCAAAAGGAUGUAAUUGGGCCAAGUACUGUGGCAUUGAUAAAGUCCUUGGAAUUAAAAAAAAGGAAAAAAAAGAAAAAAAAAGAUGGACCCUUAUUAAUGUUAAGAAGGAUUUUUUUUAAGCUACUGUCAAUGAUUGUGACCUGUUGCUGUCAAAGCAAGAAAGCAAGUGAUGAAUUAAUGCAAGCUAUGACUAUUAUACCUGCCUUGUGAGUUUUAUACACCAGUCAUGAGUUUGUUUAUAUGAUAAUUUUAGGAGAGAUAAGUAGAUGCAAGCAUUGAAAUGUUCUUUGGAUCUUGAGAUUCCCUAUGUGGGUGUUCCUAGUACAGAAUGUCAUCCAUUCAUCAAACGUUAAGAAGGAAGUUAGGCAAGGUGUAGAUGUUAUUGAAUCUCAGAUUGCCACUUUGUUCAUUGGUAACUCCUUAGAAAACCUUUUUUUUUUUUUUUUUUUACUUGAAAGACACUUUUUUGCCAUAUGUCUUCAAAAAGCUCUUGGAUUUUUGACUAGAAACAGUGGAAUUCUGUGAAAGCUUGGUUUUAGAUUCUAUUUGUACUUUGCACCUUGUGUAAAUAAGGAGUAAUUGUGUUAGUAUAAAAUUCAUCUAAGGGAAAGAAAGAUCAAGUUCUACAAUAGAAGAUGAAGGAUUAACGGGAAUGAAUGGUGGCAGGAGAUGUUUCCUCACAUAAGGGUAAAGUAAAAGAACUGCUGGACGUUUGGAAACCUGAAUAUAGGGCACAUGCAAGAAAUCUGUCUGAAAACAUGCCUAAUUCUUGCUCUUCCUUGCAAAUUCAUUUAUGGCUUUAAAAAAAAAAAUAACCUGCUUCCUGUUUGUUCCCCCCCCCCCUCCCCCCCACACACACUGGCAUUAAUUGCCUCCUAUUACUACAGUAUUGAUCAAUAGUUAUUAACUUAACUAUCUGCACCCAUUAGGCAGAAGAUGGUUCUUAAUUGAAUGAAGAAUAUCAAUUUGUAUGACGAAAAAAAAAAAAAGCUAUUAGUCUAUUUGAUUAUCUUUCUUAAAAUAAAUUAUUGUUGAUUUGACAGAUCUGGUAUAGUAAAUGAUCAUUUAAGCUAGAAUCUGAAAAAAAAACUGCUGAGAACAAAUCCUGCUAUAACCACAUGUAUUGGACUGCACAUUUUGCAUCAGAGUGCAAAACCAGAAGGCUCAUAGCCUUUGACUGCACUAUUAUAUUAGAGACUAUAGAAUUUUUCACAGUAUGAUUCUUCUGACAUCACUUAGUUUUUUUCUGCUAGGAGUAUUUAAACCUCAUGUAUCUAUUUUUUCUGUUGUUGUAAAAUACCUAAGAAUGUCAGAUAAAAGUUAGACAUGAAAUUGAUUCAUAAGUAUGAAUUGAGUAUGAAAUUGCUUUAAAUAUAUUCUGAAAAGCAAGUAAUGUGUCCAUUUAUUUAGCUGUAAUAUUUUUCAAUAUCUGACUUCUUUAAAACUGAGUUUAAAAAAAAAAAAAAAAAAGAUGAUUUAAAAAUGAAUUCCCUGAAAAAAAUAAUUCAGGGGACAAGAGAAACAAGUUGUGAAUUUAAACUGAUUUUGAAAAGUUUCCAUCAAAAAAAAAAGAAAUUUCCUUGGAAAAAUUGAAAUGCCUCCAUGGCAUUUCCACUUUUUAAACACAAAAUGACUUUCAGAAAUGCCAAAAAUAUUUCAUUUCAAUAUUUUAAGAAUCAAGAAUAGAUCUUUCUUUGAAACAUCUUUUAAAAGUGUUUGAAGAAGAGAGUUAAAAAAGGUGAAAUAUCUAUUAUUCAUCCUGCACAAGUCCUCACUUAAAGAAAAUCAAGGCACUGGAUAGAUUAGUGAAAAUAAUCCAUAAAUUCUUAGUAUCAUCACUGUUAUGUACUAAGUAGUUCCAUUGUCACACAUGCUUUUGUUUUUCUAUGUAUACUUGUCUUUUUUUUUUCAAAUUACAGUGUUGCUCUUGCUUAGUUCCAGUUAUGAGAGUCAGAUUUGACAAUGAAAUGUGCCAAUACUUAAUAUUAAAAUCCUAUAGUUGCAUCUUUCCACUCUUUAUAGAAGCAGAGGAAAAAAAAAAAAAAAGGAAAGAAAAGAAAGGGGAGCCAAAGUACUCACUAAUAUCAAUUGUCUGCAAUCAGUUUCAGAAAUCUUAUGAAAAUGUAGUGUACUUCAAGAAUGUAUAGCAAAUCACUGUGCUACAGUUCAGCUGUUUUUUAUUUUAAUUAAAAAAAUAUAAUAAAUGUAAUUGUAUCAAAAUGCAGAGGCAUGGUUACUCUGGAAAUUGCUUCUAGGGUUCUGGAAGUUACCAUCUGUCAGCUGCUUGUUAGUUCCUUUGUGCUGUACCGCUCACGCAGUAGGGCUGGUGGAAGUCAUUGUAUGGGUUCUCCCAGUUAAUCUAUUUCAGGACUAAGUCAUUGUUUGUCUUGGACAACUUCAUCGAAAGGUUUGUUGAAUUGGCAUUGCUUUAUUAUUUUUUCUUUCCCCUGUAAAAGGCUCACUUUGCACUGGCUGUAAGCUAUGCAGGUGGAAGCUUAGAAGUGGGGCAUUAACAUUUUCAAAUGUGUCAUCUAGCACCUGAGAGAUCUUUUAUUUUAACCCUUAAGUUAUUUCUGUAAUGUGUAGAUGUCUUCUUUCCAAUAGUACCCUUAUAGUUGCUUUUAGGGCAGGAAGAAAACAAUCUCAGAAAAUAUGAAAGGGAAAAAUAUGUUAAGGGAGAAUUCACUUAAUGCAGAACCCAUACUGUUGCAACCCCAUUUACUUUCUAUCUUCAAGAUGGAAUUCAAGAAGGGGAUCACAGUUCUUUCCAAGUUUAGCACAAGGGCGAAUUUUACUUCCCAAGAGCUGAGAGUGUUUGCCACUUUUCACAGCAUGCUUUGCGUGCAUUUCAUUUGCAAACCAAAAUUCUGCUCUUGGUAGUGAAUUUCUGUCAGUUCACCGCAAGCAGCAGCAGGGCUACUGUGUUCUGAGACUGUUUUGGGGGUGCCCUGGUAUUUGGCCAUUAUUGUUAAUAAAAAUACUAGGUAUGUUUUACUGAAUAAACCUACAAUGAGGAAAUCACUUGGGUUAUCUGAGAGAGAAACUGUGCUUGAUGUGAACCUCAAGCCCUUGAACCACUUGAACAAUCCUUUCAUCUCAAAGUGGGAAAGGUUUUUCUCAAUGCCUAGCGUACCAAGUGAGGACAGCCCUCUCUACCUUGAUACAUGAGAAGGAAGGGCCCUAUCUACAAGUCAGUCAUAUGCGAGUAAUUUGGCUUGCUGAAAGCAACAGUUGCACAAAGAUUGUGUUUGGCAAUAUUUAGUAUUGACUUUCUUGAAUGUCUUCUGUUUAUGGGCACAUUUUGGAGUCUUGCACAAGUUUCAAGCAUAGUAUCCAUGUGAUGUGGGAAUAUAUAAUAUUGCUUUAAGGAUUAAGGAAGUCAUAGAACUAAUUUCUAUGUUUUUCCAAGUCCAAACAGAUGCUAAGGGUUCUUAGAUAAAAAUGAAAGUAGGAUUUGGUUCCUUUACUGUACAUUCAUUAAACUGGCAUGAAGACUAUAAUGGCUUUUGGAGCAUGGUUUGCAUAUGCAGUAGGGUACCCGCAUCAUCACCUUUUUCUUAGAAUGUCACUCCUUAUGUAUUGUAAAAUUGUAUGUCUUUUUGUGAGCUUGUGGUUGGAAGAAUGUGUUCACUCUUAUUGAUGUCACCUGUAUUUAGAAGCUCAUGUUCACCUGUAUUCUAAUUCACUUGCACUGUUUUGGAAAUGUCAGGUUUACAAAAAUACAACUUUUUUUUUGAAUAAAAAGUGGCUGCAAAAUUAUGCUAA